GGCUCACUCCUUCACCCUUACCAUCCACGACCUCCACAACGCAGACGACGCUCAACGCCCAUGGCGCAAUGGGGUCAGCCUGGCUAUCAGUACCCCAUGCAGACGGGGUACAAUCCGCAACAGUUCCAGCAAGGGUUCCAGCCUAGCGGUGGGAUCGCGCCGCAGCCUACGGGCUUUCCAGGUCAACGACCCCCGGGCUUCCAACAGCCGCAGCAAACGGGCUUCCCAGGCGCGCCUGGGUUCCAGCAGCCUCAGCAAACGGGCUUUCCUGGCCAGCAGGGGGCGUUACUUCCUCAGCAAACUGGCUUCCCGGGUGCCAGCGGCUUCCAGCAGCGCGCCCCGCCUCCACCCCCACCGGUACCUCCGAUCCCCUCACAGUACCAGCAGAAUGCUGGCCCACAGAACAGCGGAUUCCUUGGGCUACAGUCUCAGCCGACCGGUCGUUUCUCGACGGCGUCGCCCUUGCAGGCUCAGCCAACUGGGUACUCCGGUGCUGGCGGUGGGCUGCGUCCGCUGGUACCGCAGAUGACGGGCUUCGUGGACCCACGGCUGCAGAUGAUGUCGACGACGUUCAUGCCUGUCAACCCAACGACGCCUUACACUCCCGCGGGUGCGCCGCAGCUGCCAUCAGCACAGCUAGGGGGCAUGUCGCUCCAGCAGAACUUCCAACAGCACAAUCAGACACAGCGUGGCAAUGCGACGCCGAGGGUGCCCUGGACUCUCAGCAAGGCGGAGAAGAAGCAAUACGAUCAGAUUUUCCGGUCUUGGGACGUUCAGGGGACUGGCUUCAUUAACGGACAGACCGCGCUGGAGGUGUUCGGGCAGAGUGGACUGGACAGGAAUGAUUUGGCCAAGAUCUGGGCUCUGGCAGACCACGACAACCGCGGCAAAUUGAAUCUGGCAGAGUUCCAUGUUGCCAUGGGGCUUAUUUAUCGACGGUUGAACGGCAAUGACAUCCCUGACGAGCUACCUCAGGAGAUGGUGCCGCCAUCUCACAGAGAUCUCGAUGCGUCAGUCACUCUGCUUAAGGAUAUCCUUAAGAAUGACACCCGCGCUCGUUCCCCGUCCAACAUUGAUUCACCGGUGUCGAGACUAAAGGAGCGUUCAUUCAACAGCACAGGCGCCGCUGGUGCAGGCGGUAGGCAAGACGCAACUGUGUACAAAUACACCGACGAGAGCCCGCCUGGCGGUUUCUAUCAGCCUCGCUCGCGUCACGUCGACCGCAGCGCUGUGCGAACGACGUCGGACUUGGAUAGCCCUGCGUCGGAUUUGGACGAGAUGAAGCGGCAGCUGGAGAACACGGCGAAGAUGCUCGAUCGCGCGACAGAGGAGAAUGCGUCGAGGACAGCAGAGGAUGAGGCUCUCGACAGGGAGAUGGAGGACCUCCGCUAUCGUGUUAACAGGGUCAAAGACGACUUGGACUACGUGUCGCGUGGGCCGAGGAGUCAAGCGAAGGACGAGGAGAGGCGUCGGCUUGAGCGAGAGCUAUUGAAGCUUAUGCACGAACGCAUUCCUGAGGUGGAAAGGAAGAUCAAGGAUCGCGAGGAGCGACGUGCGAGGGAGAAGAGAGAGUGGGCAAAAGACAGGGAUCGGCGCAACGAGCGGUUCGGCCGCUACGACGAGAGAGACGACCGGUACUCGUCACGCUACGACGAUGACGAUAGGAAUCGUCCCUACUCGCGGAAUCGGGACAGGGACUACGAGCGAGACCGUGACUACGACAGCAGGCCUUACUCGCGCAACAGAGAUCGGGACUACGAACGCGACCGUGACUACGAUCGUGACCGGUUGCGCGACUAUGACCGCCCUAGGAGCCCGCCUGCUGCCCGGUCGCCUCCUCCAGCGCCGCCGUCCGCGCCGCCACCGAGUGCCAUUGCUAAGCCGCCCCCGCCUGCGCCGGCCCCGACGAAGUCUCCCGCACCGAACCUCAAGAACAUGUCCGGCGAGGAGCGCAAGGCAUUCAUCCGUGCGGAGGCGCAACGUCGGAUGCAGGAGCGCAUGGCCGCUCUUGGUGUCGCUCCGUCUGGCUCUACCUCACCCAAGAUCGACACCAGCGUCGAGGACCGGCUCGCUAUGGAGAAGAAAGAAGCCGAAGAGAAGGCGCAUGCUGCAGAAAAGGAGGCAGAAGAGCGCCAACGGCUUCGCAGAGAGCGUCUCGAGAACGAGAAGGCCCUGAAGGGUACUCCAUCGCCCGCCCCACCGGCGCCGAGCGCGUCGACCACGGCACCUCCUGCACCUCCUGCAUUUCUUGCGCCUGCUGCUGCCCAGACCCCGACGCCUAAACCCACGCCGCCUCCAGUGAAGAGUAGAGCACCGGCACCACCACCUCCGCGGAAGGGAUCUGCUCCCAAGCCUCCUGCUUCUCGCACAGCGCCAGCAGCACCCACGCCUCCAGUAGCAUCUCAUGCUCCGCCGGCACCCGCUCCCCAGGAGGAUCCAGAAGAUGCCCAACUGAAGGCCCGAGAGGACGCUCUCAGGAGGCAGCGUGAACGUCUGGAACGCCUGCGUCAGCUAGAGAGGGAAGAGGAAGAGGCUAGGCGUGCUGAGGAAGAAUACCAAGCGCGUCGUCGUGCCUUUGAGGCGAAGGCUGCCGCACCCUCGCCUGCAGUCUCUUCCCCACCUGCGCCGCCGCCGCCCGCUCCUCCUGCGCCUCCCGCUGAGCCUCCUGCUGCGGUCACGUCCCCACCACCACCACCUCCGCCGCCUGCACCGCCAGCCCCUGGUACGCCAGCAAACAGGUCGACUACCAAUCCCUUCAGCCGCAUCAUGAAGGACGGCCCCAGCCCUGGUAGCGCGGCAACGCCGACCCCGCCGGCUGCUAACGGCAGCACGAAUCCUUUCUUCAAGAGCCAGGCUGCGUCGCCACUUGCAGAACCCCCGGUAACAGCUCCGCCUCCUCGUGCGCCGUCCGUGCCACCGUCCUCCAAGAGCCCUGCACCUCCUGCAGUCAAGACAUCAUAUCAUACUGCACCUGCAGACGACGACGAAGACUGGGACGAGAUUCAAGAGAAAGACGACGAAGAUAGCAGCGAUGAUGAGAUUGAUUCCUCCCGGGAUACUCGCAACAAGCUUGCACAGCAGUUGUUCGGUAACAUCUUGCCACCGUCUCGUCCUCAAUCCGCCGGCGCUUCUGUAUCGUCGCCCAAAACGGCGGCACCUCCGCAGACGUUGUCUCCUGCCCCUCCUGCCGCGCCUCCGCCGCCGCCUUCAGCCCCACCUGGACCGGUAGGAGAUGGCGCCCCCGCGGCUCCCCCACCGCCACCUAUGGCACCCGCUGCUCCCCCGCCGCCCGCUGUCGCAGCACCCGCACCGUCUGGUGACCGGGGCGCUCUGCUCAAUGCAAUUCAAGCUGGUGCCAGGCUGAAGAAGGCCCAGACCGUCGAUCGCAGUGCAUCAGCACUGGCCGGCAAGGUACUGGGCGAUGCAGAACCCCCGGCGCAUAUUAGUGCUGCUCCAAGGGCGCCCUCGCCUCCUUCACCUCCGGAGUCACCGGAGGCAGCAUCUCCGCCGAGCAGAUACGACCCGUCUGGACUACCUGAGCCACCAACUGUGAGCGCGCGGUCGAGCAAUAGGGAGUCGGUAGACUGGUAUGCUGGACUAGCUGCUGAUGCUGGGUCAGCGCCACCGGACAUGUCGCGCUUGCCUUCCAUGGCUGAGGAGGAAGAGCCUGCAACGCCCGUUCCGGCUAUUCAGGUCGACGCCGCUGAGAACGAUGCUAUGGCGGAUGUUGACAAAUCAACCGAAUAUCGUGUCCGCUCUUUAUACCCAUACGAAGGGCAAAGACCCGAGGAUCUCUCAUUUGCAGAAAAUCUAAUCAUCAAAGCUAGUCCCUCGAAAUCAGGAGGCGACUGGUGGUACGGCACUCUCCUUCGGGACGGUAAGGCUGGGUUCUUCCCGAAGACGUACGUCGAGAGGAUAGAAGCAGUCAAGGCCCGUGCUCUCUACUCGUACGAGGGCAAUAGUCCUGAAGAGCUACCCUUCUCCGAAGGCGAUGAGCUAACCAUCGUGGACCGAAGCGAAGCCGACUGGUGGAAAGCUGAACGGGAAGGAGUUGUGUUCAUCGUUCCUGCUGGAUACCUAGAGCUUGAGGCGCCCAGUUUCGUACUGGUACCCAUGGCGGACAAGCAAUUACCACAACUUCCUACGGACGAAGAUCCACCACAAGGCCAUACAGGAGACCUCACCCCGGGCUUCCCGUCAAUAGAAACGGUACACGAGGGGGAGGCGGUUGACGAUCAGGAUGACGAUUCAUCUGAUACUGAGUCUGAGUACCUUUCUUUCUCAGAGUCUGACGCAGGUGAUACCGAGGAACAUCUGACUGAAGAGGCACGAGCUGCAGACCACAAUGCACGCGCCCUGGAGCGCCAGCGCGUGUUGGAGGCUGCAGGCUUUAUCAUCAAGGCAGAUGCGAAGCCUCCUCCAAGACCCGUACGGCCCAGGAAGGAGCGCAAGCGACGCCCGCCACCUGCUGUCCCAGAUCGCACCUAUACCGACGCGCACUCCAGAGAAACCUCAGUCGACCUUGAUGUUUCUGGGGAAGCUGACAGUUCUCUCCGUCUGGACGAUGCGUUUGAACGGUAUGAGGCUUUCAGGCAGGCGAAUCCCAACAUGAAUCGGCUGUCGAUGGUCUCAAUGGAGAGUAGCACCAGCGGGGCUGUCACUAGUCCAACGUCACCGAGCUUCAUAGCGCGUAGUGCUUCGACUGAACCCGAAAGUCGAAGCGGCCUCCACUUCUUGAGUAUCUUCGGUCGCAAGACUCCUGGGAAUGAUGGAGAGGCGCGGACGAUGCCUAUCAUUUCAGCACCAAUAUCCAGGGAUAACAGUGCAGCUGGUGCGGAGGUAGACAGUGCAUUUGGCUCGACAUGGGCAAGUCUCGUCGACAAGUCAGUACUAGAAGACAUACCGACGAAGGAGCGACGCCGCCAGGAGGCAAUCUUCGAGCUGAUCCUUACCGAAGCUGCGUAUGUCCGGGACCUGCAACUUAUCGUGGAGCACUUCUACGCCAACCUUAUGUCUGUCCUGGAGGACAAAGCGGUCAAGGUGAUCUUCGCCAACGUCGAAGACAUAUUGCUUAUCAACACGACAUUCCUGAGCGUGUUGGAGGAGAGACAAAAGGAGUGCAGGCUCUACAUCGACCAGAUCGGCGACCUUCUACGGAGGAACAUGUCGGAAAUGGGUGUUUACGUGGAAUACUGCGUCAACCAAGCGUAUGCCGCGAAGGUUUUGCAGUCUGAGCGCGAGAAGCCCGAGUUGGCCCAGCUUCUGCAGCGGCUAAGAGAUGAUCCCACUGCUCGGAAUUUGGACCUAUCCAGCUACUUGCUCGUCCCCAUGCAACGUAUCACCCGUUAUCCAUUGCUUAUACGCCAGGUGCUUCACUACUCGGAGAUGGCAGAGGAUCGCAAGCAUAUCGCACAGGCUCUCGACAUGGCGGAAAGGAUCCUCGCCCACAUUAACGAGACUAUCCGCGAGCAAGAAGGCCAAGAGCGUCUGCGGACGAUCUCCAAAGAUCUCUGGAUUGGACAAGGCCGACUGGACUUGACCGCGCCCACCCGUCACAUGGGUCCCCGAAAGCUGCUGAAGGAGGGCGUGCUCAUGAAGGCGAAGAGUGGGCGCAAACUUCGCGCGUUCCUAUGUAGCGACAUUUUGGUUCUCACGCAAGACCCCGCUAAGCAAUUGUACCGGACAGUAUGUUGUCGACUUUAUCCAUUUCACGAGAUAGCAUUCAAUGCGCCUUAUACAGCCCAUUCCGCUCUCUGAAGUACGAGUGCAAGAGGUACAAGGAAGGAGGGGUAUGAACUUCCCCGCUUCACAGUGGAACUCAGCUCAUGCCCUUUCCGAUAGAUGAUCUUGCAUUCCAGAUAUCAAUAGCCUAUCCGCGCGGCGGGGACGCCAUCGCUCUGCGUGCAUCCUCAGCUCGGGACUGCCAAGUAUGGAUGCAAGCCAUCGAGAAAGCCAGUGCCGUCUGCAGAGAUGCAGAACAGAGGGCUAGAGGCCGUUAAAAAUCUCGAAGGCUCGGGCCUUUGCUUACUAUGCAUGAUACAAUUGGCUUCGUCUGAUAACGGACAACUUUUGAAUGAAGUUUGCUUGCACGGUCAUUCCAUUGCUCUCAUCUUUAGUUCGUGUACUAUGUAUCAAUGCCCUAAUCCUUGACGUACUAGUCCUAGUAGUGGCCGAUUGACUCGGCCCUCUUUUGAUCACCCAUUCGCGAUUGCCAUCAUUUGCCUCACUGUGGUACUGAGUACUUAGACG